AUGUCAAUAAGUCAUACUUCAGAAGUUUCAAUAAGAUAUGAUAUUUCACCAGCAGCAACAUCAGCUGGUGUUACAUUCUUUCUUCUAAACCUUAUUGAAGCGAAUUAUUUGACGCCUGAUAUAUUUUAUUUAGCUAUUGAUCCUAUGAAAGUUAGAAGAACAAGGGAAGAAAUAAUGGAGAGAGUAAUAAUGUGUGAAGAAAAGUUAAUCGACGAAGAACAUAUAAGAGGUUUGUUUAUUGAUUGCAGGAAGAACUCAACUUUAGUGUUGGAACAGAAUCCUCUAACAAAUAAAUUUCACAUGAGGACUAUAAAAAAAGAACGUAUAACUGUGACCUGUGAGCCUGAUGGAAGAUACCUCACUCAUUACACACCACCUAAAGCUACACCGCCAAGCAAACCAGCCAAAGAAGCCGCAUGUGCUCUUUACAAUUGGAUGGUUCCUAGGGCAAUCCACGAGUCCGUAGAGAUAAUGAAGCCUUCAAAGUCAGGUGCAACUAAAAGAAAAGAGGCAGCAGCAACAAAAGAUGCAAUUAGCAAACUUCCCAAAGUUACAUCAUUCUUUACACCUAUUCCAAGUAAUUGCACCAGCAAUGAAAAAAAUUGCUCUAAUGAAGUGGUCAUUCAUGAACAGUUAGAUAUUGCAAAUAAUCAACCUAACACAAUAGAAACGUUGUACACUCUACCAUUGCCACCGUUUAGUUCCGUUGCUUGUGACCCAGCCAGCCGGCCUGAACAAAUUUUUGAUGGUCAACGAUGUGACCUAGUCAAACGUGGUCCUCAACAGGUUGAUAUUGACUUUCCAUGCAACAUUGCUGCAAAGCGUCCAAUUUCAACGGUUCAUUACAAGCGUGUGAUGAAUAAUGGAGAAACUGUGCCUCGCUUAUGGAUUGUGUAUUUGGUAAAAUCUGACAAGAUUUUUUGUUUUUGCUGUAAACUUUUUGAAACGAAUGAAAGUCCGUUUCGUAGUGGUACUAGUACAUGGGAGGGACUAUCAAAGAAGUUAAAAGACCAUGAAACAGGAACAUCCCAUCAAAAGUGUUUUAGACAAUGGAUGCAGCUUAAAGAGGGUAUCAAUAAUGAUUCAUCCAUAGAUAAACAAGAAAUGCAGCUUUUUCUAAAAGAAAGGCAAUUUUGGAGGGAUGUCCUGGAGCGUCUUAUUGACAUUAUAAAGUUCCUGUCAGAAAGAAAAUUAGCAUUUAGAGGUUCCGAAGAAGUACUUAGCUCAACACACAAUGGAAACUUUUUGGGUCUGUUUGAGCUAAUAGCAAAAAUAGGUCCUGUACUGAACGAGCUACAGAAAAGGAUUGAAAAAAAACAAACACAUGAUCACUACCUCAGCAACAAAAUCCAGAAUGAGUUUAUUCAACUUAUUGUAAAAGAAGUAGAAAAACAAAACCUGAAAAAACUAAUGAUAUCUAAGUACUAUGCGAUAAUUCUGGAUUGUACUCCAGAUGUUUCUAACCAAGAACAGUUAACAGUCAUUUUGCGUUUUGUUGAGUGUGAUACAGGUAAUGAAGUCACAAUAAAGGAAGCUUUUUUUGGAUACCUUCAAGUUAGUGACAGCUCAGGAAAAGGGUUUUUUGACACAUUUUUAGAGCGAGAAAAGGAGUUAAAACUGAAUACAUUAGACUGUCGGGGCCAGUCGUAUGAUAAUGGUUCUAAUAUAAAAGGGAAGAAUUCUGGUGUUCAGUCACGAAUUCUACAAACAAAUCCGAAAGCUCUGUAUGCGCCUUGUGCUAAUCACUGCUUGAAUUUAGUUGUGGUUGACAGUGCCAAGUCGUCAACUAGGACUUUAUCAUUCUUUGGUGUUCUGUCCAGAUUGUACACCAUAUUUUCAUCAUCCACACAGUGCUGGAGCAAUUUGAAAGAACAUGUGGAGAUUGCUGUUAAAAAUCAAUCGGACACUCGAUGGGAAAGUCGAAUUAACUGUAUUAAACCUCUGCGGUAUUAUUUUGGCAAUGUUUUGAUUGCACUGGAAAAACUGGAGGUGUAUGCAAUAGAAAAAAAAAAUGGAAAAACAGCUACAGAGGCUCGGUCAUUGAUAACAUAUAUUUCAGACUGGGCAUUUCUUUUGUCUAUUGUCAUCUAUGCUGAGACCACAGCCCGUGAAAUUGCAGAAAAACUAAAUAUUCCAAGAAAUUUUCCAUCAAUUCGCAACAAUAGGAAGAAAAAAUUGGUUGAUUAUGAAGGAGACGACGAAGGCGGUAGUCAAACGCCCCAAUCACAGUUCAAAAAUGACUUUUUUUUUGUGCUUGUGGACCAAGCUUUACAAUCUGUACGGGAGCGUUUCCAACAAACACAUGAUGUGACUGCUGUAUUUUCAUUUCUGUUCAAUCAGAAAAGUCUUUUUCAAGCAUACAAAGACAACACCUUUUUGCUGAAGUGCCAGAAUUUUCACAAUAAAAUGGGUGAUAUAGAUCCGUUUGAAAUGGAGAUGGAAUUAAAGCAAUUUAUUCAUCUAGUUUUAGAAAACGAUGAAAAGCUAAAAACUGCAAUACAUUUUCUGAAUUAUAUCAACAGCAAAUGUCUCCAGGAGGUGUAUCCUAAUGUCGCUAUUGCACUCCGUGUUUUGUUGACUUGCCCUGUGACAGCAGCAACUGCUUAA